CGCAACGUUGAGGAAGUCCUAACGAACAAAUGAGAAUAACAUUACUACCAUUGAUUAGUUUAGCGGGUGUAGCGAUUGCUUCAGUUAGCAGCUCAGUAAAGGCACCUCAAAUAGAGCUUAAGUCUGCUAUAAUAAACUCAAUAAGUGGAUUAUCGAUUGAUGGAAAUGUCAUUAUAAAUGGACAAACCAACAAUCUUCUCAUCAAUUCACUCAAUUCAGAUCCAGCUAAUUACACUUUGGAGUCUAUUUCAGGCGUUUUCAAGAACGUAAAGAACGAUAAAAAAGUGAAGGACGCACCAUCAGUUACGAACAUUGGUAAGACACUCAUUAGUAACUCAACAACACCAUACGUUUACAGCUUCCCAUCUGAGUUCAAGACAGGUGACUUAAAGCUUGAGGUUAGCGUAACAGUACGUGACAAUGAGCGUAUUAGCCACGUACUUGACGCUUUUACCGGUGUACUCAAAGUUGUAGAGCCAAAGCAAACUCUUGACCUCGAAAUGCUCUCAAUUUAUGCGCUCUUAGCUGGUAUCGCUUAUUUCGUCCUUAAGUUCGUCUAUGAAACCUAUAUCAACCCACUUUCGCCAAAUGAGAAGAAGAACAAAGCUAAAGAGAACAAGCCAUCUGCACCAAUUCGUCCUGUUAAGAUUGAAGAGCAAAAGGAAGGUAACGAUGAUUGGCUUCCUGAACUCGCAAAGUUGAAGCAGCGCAAGAACAAAGGGGGUGCAUCAUCAGCUGACGAAACGAGCGGUGAUGAGACCAACAAAAAGGGAAACAAGAAGAGCAAGAAAGCUGGACGUAAGUAAAUGGUGAAUUGGAAUGAAUAGCUAUGAAUUCGCUAUUCAAAUACCUUUUUAUCACGGAUUCGCAUGUACUUAAUCAAUAUUAAAAUAUAUCUUACUUGUGUCA